ACACGCGCGUAUCACCUAAUAAGUUCGAGGCCCUACGCAUGCGCUAUUGAUCAUUAAAAUCGAUUGAGGAAAAAAGUAUAAACAAGGAAAACUCUUGGUUAGAUCAUUGCAAUGAUUUUCCCAAAUUAUUAGCUGAAACUACUGCGAAUAUAUGUUACAUUAUGAAACAUUACGGAUAAAUCAAUAACCACCAGUGAUUGAUAAAAGAAACUUGAUCGUUGCAAUAUUUGAUGUCUUUGUCAUAGAGUGAGGAAAGUUUGAACAUUUGUGCUAAGUGUUUUGUUUGUUGAGAUAUUUUACGAGUGUCAAUCUCUAGAUUUUUAAACCCAAUUCAGCUGUGUCUCCGCUGACUAUUGCGACAUGCCAAUUCAGUUUACAUUGAUAUCGCUAUAACACUCAGCAAUGAAGAUUACCGAAAAACAAUGUUAUACGUCUCAGUGUCGCUUCUCUCUAGAUAACCACCAAUCCUGUGUACGCUGACACAACUAGUGUAAUUUUUUUGGCGGGAAAGAUAUAAGCAGCAAUUUUACCUUGCUGAAGAUUGAAUGGUUCCACUUGAGACUACGUACCUCACGUCAAUCUGGGAUUCACCAGAUCCAGAACAGCGAGGAUUUUACGACUCGCCGCCCCCCCGGAUGGAUGUCAGCGUGUGCUGCUUGCAGCCCACCGCCGGCUCGGGGGUCCAGCACCCUCCCACUGGACAUCAUCAUCACCAUCAUCAUCACAAUCAUCAUUCAGUUGGCAUAACGUUACCCGUACAACAGAGUGUACAGAAUACGUAUCAGUAUGCCGAUCAAAUAGUACCUGAUCGGGGGCAACCCGACGGUCUUGGACUGGUUAAUCCUGGACAAGAUGCAUGGCAGUCAAAUUCUACCGGUGUUAAUGCUGGAAUCACCGCAAACACCACUACUUACAUCGAUUAUUCAUGGCUGCAGAUGCAGCAACGACUUUAGUCUUCUAUGUCUUCACCACUUUUUGGGAACGGCAGAAAUCUGCCAUGUGUCGUUGGGUGUCGUUUGACCACGCCAUGCCACAGAAGACAGAGGACGACAAAGCGAAUACUUGCAACGACUACCUAAUCGGAAUGACAAGAGUCGUCGAUCUGUACAUUCGUGUCUUCUCAACGUUUAGGGUCCAUCAAGCAAGUAAAAGGAUCGGGGGAUCGAUAAAAUUAUAAAAGUUUAAUGACUGAACUGAAAAUAUUCACAUGAAGACUAGUAUCGUUGUAUUAUCGUCAAAGUAUUCGAAAGUUUGAGGACUCGGAAAAAUUUUCGUGUCAGGGGAACUUAUAAAAAUAUCUGCACAGAAUAGAACUUAGAACAAUUUGAGCGAAAUUCACCGAAAUAUAUUCAAAGAAUCGUAUAUUGAAAAAUAAGAUCCGAAUUACAUAAUUAUAGAUUGAAAUUCGGUUAAAAUUUCAUUUCUUCUGCAAUUGCAUA